CGUUUUUUUAUAGGCUACUCCCAUCCGGUCACUACUGAGCCAGUACCUUGCUAUCUCUUCCGGUUAUCGCAAUACAUUUUAAUCCGAUAUCUUCAAUACUUUUUUCGUAUUUCAUUUGUACUGCAUUUAUUUUCAAACAUUAUUGAAGAUAUUUAUAAUAUGGCAGCUGGGGGAGGAUUCAGGUUAAACGCUUAUUCUGCAUCGCGUUGAUGAUACUCAGUGUUCAUGUUGUGCUGGGCUGAAGGGAACAUGAACAGAUGCUAAUGAAUUAGAGAAAACAUUACAAUUUGUGAAAUACCCGACCAAGAUAAAUCCCUAUAUGCGACGAUGCAAAUGCGUUUGUGGUGACAGUCCAAUUCAAGCCAACAAAAGCCAUUUCCUUUUCUGACUAUGCAAGAGCUAUAUCUGUAAACAAUUGAUCUGGCUGUAGCCUACAAAUAGGAGUCUAGGAUGCUGCAGGGUCCACAUGUCCUGGGUUAUGACAAGCCCCUGAUCAGACUAUCAUUCACCUCCUGUGUUGUGGGCACCGUCAGUCUGCCACUGCUUGGCUUAAUUACCUGCAUCUUCAUCUCCUCCGUGUUCCAUUUCCAGGACUCCACUGACACACAUUGCAAGGUUACCAAUUAUCUGCCCUCCAUUAGUGCCUCCAUAAGCCUGAGCCCAGAGUGCCAUAUCUGGCGCUUCUGCAUUGGCCUGCACUCUGCUCCCAGGUUCCUGGUGGCCGUGGCCUAUUUUAACUUCUAUAAGGGCCGCUUCUCCACAAGGUUCCUGGAGUGGCUGCUCAGCUGCCUCAACUUCAUGUGUGCCAUCACUGAGAACUUUGGCCUCUUGCUGCUCACCUACGUGUCAUCCAAUGAGACAUACCUUGUCCAUAAAGAAGGUUUUGUCCUGUUCAUUGCCAGUUCUGUUAUCCACAUGGUGUUAACCUGUCGGCUGUGGCUGGUUAUAAAGAAGUACUCACUGAUUCCUGAGGACGUGAAAUCUUUCCACUGGAAAAUCCGCUGCUUGAUCCUCAACAUCGCUUUCUGCUGCUUGGCUGCCUACUUUUACUGGAAACACAACAUGUAUUGUGAACAAGGGAGCUACACCUUUUUCGCCCUCUUUGAGUAUUGUGUGGUGUUCUCCAACAUGGCCUUCCACCUAACAGCCUUCUGGGACUUUAAGAGCAGAGAGAUGGUGGUCAUCUCACCAGAGGAGGGUAAAGACUUCUGACUGGGAAACAGAGGGUCAGGUGACAGGUGUUCAACCACUCAGAACACACCUAGCGGAGAUGAUGCUGUUGCAGAGGAGGAGGAGCAGGAAGAGAGCGCCUUCUUCCAUAUAUUUACAUGAUGGCGGAUGUCAUGACUGUAAAUAAUCACUUUAUUUAUCUGGACUGUUCAACCUGAAAGUCAAUCCUACUGUACCAACAUGUUGAUAAUGUUGAUAUUAGCAUACUGUAUGAUAGAUGACAGACUUAGAGUCCUCUAUGAUUUGGGUUAGGGUUAGGGUUAGGGUUAGAUCACCUUGACUUAAGAGUAUGUCCUUCUUUAGUCAUGCUCACGUGUCUAUGACUUAUCACUUGUGAAAUUCGGGAAAUGCUGACUGUUGCCAAUGAUGUGAUCUGAAGAGAGUGUCUUCAGCUCUUUGUAGAAAGUAUUUUUAAAUGCAUCACGAACUGUGGACAAACGCAAAUAUGAUUUUGUAUAUUCUCAAGUAGAGAGAGAUAUCUUAAAGGUAUUAAUAGUCUAAUAGUGAUUUUUUUGCGUAAACAUUAAGCUUUAUUAAACAAUUAUUUCAGAACCUUUUUGUUAUUUACCAUAACAUGCUUAUUCUUAGUGAGUCAGUCAGUCAGUGAGGUCCACAACCUAAAUUAAGGAAGUUACAAAUAAAUGUACUUCCUCGUUUGUAAAGACAGAGAGAGUGAGCGAGACAGAGAGAGAGAAAGAGAAUGAGAUGGAGAGAGAGAGAGACAGAGAGUGAGAGAGACACAGAGAGAGAGACACAGAGAGAGAGAGACAUAGAGACAGAGAGAGAAUGAGAUGGAGAGGUAGAUCCAGAUAGUACUAGAGUGUAUACAGUCACAUACAGUAUAUACUAUACUAAAACAGUAAGGACAUAUAUCUGUAUGUCCCUCCACUGCUCUCACACAAAGAGGUGUCUGUUAUCCAGCAGGCAGAGCAAAGGCACUGAGGCCUUAUUUCACUGUCAAAUGAGUCCAGUGACCUGAGGUGUGAGAGAGGACAGUGAUUGUGCAACAAAUGAAAAUGUAUGUUUCACAACUCUGUAACAGCAAGCUGGAUCAUUUCACUUCCAAAUCAUUCUCAGGCAAAUCAGGGACCUCAUCAUUGUUUAGCAUGCUGGUUUCUAUCACAUCCCAUGACUCCAUUGGAAAGGGUUUGGCAUUCUUGAAGUAUUAAUUUAAUUGUAUGCAUUGAUCAACACAUUUAUUUGCUGUUCCUGAAUAAAGACAUGUCACAGUAAUCUACA